AUGUAUUUUAAUAAAGAAAAAAACGAGAAUGAUGAGGAAAGUAAAAGAAACAUAGUAAAUAAAAAUAUGAUGAAUCAUAAAAAUAAAAAAUAUGUUAGAAACAUAAAGCAAUCUGUUUACAAUAUUAAAUAUAUAAAUAAAUUUUAUAAACGUAAUAACGAUAUAAAAGUAAAAAAAAGUAACAAUGGGGCAACAUUUAAUAAUAAUUCAUUGAACUCAAACAAUUUAAAAUUAGAAGGUAAAAAUAAUCAACAAUCGCAUUUUAAUAAAAGUGCUGCAAAUAGAAAUAAUAAAGAAAAUACUAGAUUAAAUACUUAUAAAAAGAAUUAUUUUGAUCAAGAUAAUAUAAAUUAUAAUAGUUUAAUUAAUUCGCAAACAUCAGUUUGCUCUAUACAUAUUGAAAAAACAGAUGAUGAUAUUAAAAAUCAAAUAAAAUAUACCGAUUCUUAUUUAUAUAAUAAUGGAAAUAAUUUAAAUGAAAUUUCUCAGCAUAAUUAUCCUGUGUUUGUAGAAGAAAUAAAUUUUAAUGAAAAUUUGGUUUUAUUAACAGGUAUACUUAUUUUACCAACUAAUGAUAAAAUAUUUAAUAACUUAGAAUUUGAAGGGAAAACACAUCCAUCACCAAUUGAUUGCAAUUUAAGUAUUUAUGUUAAUGUUGUCAAUAAAUAUAAUUAUCAUUAUUUUAAACAGUUAUAUCCAGCUUCUUAUAAUUUUAAGAACAGAUUAUUAUUUGCUUCUUUGAACAAUUCUACUAUUGAUUCAUCACUCUUAAUAGAUAAAAUUAUUAUUAAAGGAUGUUUUAAAACAUUAUCAUUAAUUGUAUUAGGACAAUCAGAGGAAAUAAAUGAAGCAUUAAAAUAUUAUAGAGAAAAUUUCUAUGACAACAAUUUAAGAAGUAAAAUCAAUGAAGAAACAUUAGAUGUAGAAAAUGUAGAUUUGGAAAAAGAUGAUAUAUAUGCACCUAAAAAAUCUGUAGAUAUAAAGACAUAUAAUAUAAAUACAUUAAUGGAUGAAAACGUUAAUUGGAAGAAAUAUAAUGAAAUAAAUUGUUUUUAUCAAAAUUAUUUAUCAACAGAAGAUAAUAAUAAGGAAUUAUACGAAUUAGCAAAUAUAUUAGAGGAAGAAUUUAUAAAAAAUAAUUUUUAUGAAGUGAAUAAUUCAGAUAGCCAUUUAAAAAAUGAAUUAAAAAAAGACGAAACAAAUACUUCUUGUGAAAAUGACGUAAAGAAAAGCGAGCAAAUUUUAAUAAACAAUAGUAACGAUGAAAUGUGUGAAAAUAUUGAAAAUAAUGAAAAUAUUGAAAAUAAUGAAAAUAAUGAAAAUAAUGAAAACAUUAAAAGUAUUGAAAAUAACAAUAGAAAUUCUAUUGAAUCUAAAUUUGAUUUAGAUAAUGAAAAAAAACAUGUAAAUUAUUUCAAACCUCCAAGAAAUGAUUUGAUAAUAAAAAUAUUAAAUAUAUUUACUGAAAUGUAUAAAAAUAAAAAAGAAAUAAAUGAAAGUGAUAUUCUAAUAUAUAAAAAAAUAAUUAAAUAUGGAGCUUUGUGGAUAUUUUAUAUUUAUAAAAAUAUAAAAAAUAAAGAAGAGGAUUUUUUUAUAAAUUAUUCAAAAUAUAUGCAAAUUAAAAUUUAUGAUAUAUUGGGUUGUUUACUAAUAUUAAGAAGAUGUGCAUUAUAUUCAGAGUUAGCUAAAUAUAUAAUACAUAUGAACUUUAAUUCAGAUAUUUUGUACUUUGAUAAUAAAACUCCUCAUGUUUUAAUAUAUCUAAUUGAUAUGCUCCAUGUUAAUAAUAUUUAUUUUUUAUCAUCUUGGAAAAUUAAAACGUCAAUAUUAAAGACAAUUGUUGCUCUUAUUUCUAAUUCUUAUGUUAUGAACCUUUUUUACAAUUAUGUGGACGAAAAUAACGAAUCAUCAUAUAAAAGAUUAUUAAAAUUAUCAUCAAAUAACAAAAUGAAAAGGUACAAUAUUAAAAGACUACUUGGUAUAAUUAUGAGCAGAGUAAAACUUUUUGAAGAAAUUAAUAAAUUUGAAAGUAGUGUUAUAGAUAUAAUCUUAAAUAGAAGAAAUUAUGACAAAAUGUUAUUUAGCAAAAAAUUUAUUUCUAAAUUUAUUUACAACUUAAAAAGUGUCCAUAAAGAAUUAUUUCAACAUACUUGUAAUCACGAAAGUAAAAACAGUUGUUAUGAUGCACUAUAUGAGAAUGAAAUUUUUGUUUUUGAUGAGAAAAAUAAAAAGAAGAAUAAUUUUUAUUUACACAAGUUGCAUAAUUAUAUUAUUUCUUAUUUACAAAGAAAUCAGUUUUUUACACUUUUUCUUUAUAUUCUAAAGGAAUUUGAAGUUCAUAUAAAAAACUCUUUAUUUUUAAAUUCAUAUGAUAUUUGCUUUAUUACUGCAGUUAAUGACUUUUUGUUUUAUUUUCUGAACUGUUCAGGUGGAAUUAACUUGUUAAUAAAUUAUAACAUAUCAUUAUUUGAAAAUUUAUAUAAAAGUAUUUGUUUAAUUAUAAAUAGAAAAAUGAAAGAAUUAAAUGUUAACAUAAAUGACAAAAAUAAUAAUUUGAAUAAAUUAAGAGGUAAUGAUGAGAAUUGUACUGAAGCUAAUGAGCAAAUUUUUCAAAAUAAUGAAAAUAAGGAGGAUGAUAUCGAUAACUUAAGUGAUGACGAUUUUAAAAUAAAAAAUAAUGAAAAACAAUUAGGUUAUGAGUUUGAAGAUCCAUAUAAUGAAAAUAUUACAUUAAUGGAUAAAAAUAAAAGUAUAUCUUCAAAUGAUAAUAAAAAUAUUGUUCAUAUGAGUUACAGAAAUGAUAAUGUUAAUGAAUUUAUGCACACUACAGAUUCAUUAAAAACUAUUGAAAGUGAAAACACUGUAAAUAUAAAUAAUUCCACAUGUGAAAAUAAUAUGAAAGAAGAAAAAGAAUUAUUAAAUAGUUUAGAUGAUAUAAAUGAUAGUUUUAUUUAUAAUGAAAAAAACUUUUAUUAUGAUAAUUUAAAAUGUGUAUAUACUUAUAAUGACUUACUAAGAAAUAAAGAUAUUUCUGAGCAGUUUUAUUUAGAUGGAUAUAAUUAUAAAGAUAUUAAAAAUACUCGUAAUUAUUGUUCAUUUAUUUUAUGCUCAUUCAAAACUUUUUCAAAGGCAAAUUUAUUAAUUAAUAAUUUUUUUAACUCAGGAGAAGAGAUAUCAUUAGAAUAUUUAAAAUUUUUUAAUGUAUUAUGUUCAUAUCCCUUAUCUAAAUUGGCCCUAUACAAUAAUAAUAAUUUUUAUAAUUUUUUUCAUCAUAUUAUUUAUCUUUUUUAUUAUUUUAUAUAUUUGGAAAAUUUAUAUGAAAAUAAAAUGAAUGAAAAUACUAAAAAAAAAGAAAAAGCUGAUCACUGUAAUGAAGAAGAGGAAGAUAAUAAAGAAAAAAAAAAGGAUGAAAAAGAAAGAAAAAAAAAUUAUUCAAAAAAUAUAAAUAUAUCUAAUAAAAUAGAAGAAAAUGAUAACAAUUCAAAUGAAUUUAUUUUAGUAUCUAUUCGAUAUAUAUUAAAUAUUAUUCAUAACUUAAUAUUCUAUGAUGAAUCAGGAUAUUUUAUAUUUCAUUUUGGUUAUUCUAUUUUUGUAUGCUUAGAGGAAAUUAAAAAUAUUACAGGGGAAAUAAAAAAAAAAAAAGAUUACUCAUUUGGUACCCUAAAUUAUAAAGUUCCUAAAAAGAUAUUUUUAAAAGAUUAUAUAAGUAAUGAUAAAUUAUUUUAUAGAUAUUUUUUUCGUUUGUACGAAAAUUUAAAAAUUUUAUAUAUUGAUUUAUAUAAAUUUGAAAAAAAGAAAUUUAAUGAAAUGGAUAUUAAUAAAAAAAAAGAAUCAUAUAAGGAAAGCAUUUUUAACAUUUUAAAUAAAUAUAAUCAACAGUUAACAAAAAGUUACUUAAAUAAAACAAGUGAUGCUGAAAAAAAUAGAAGUAUUAACAAUGAUAUUGAUAAAAUAAAACAAAGCUUGUUUAACAAUGAAGAAAUUUUUAUAAAUUUACUUCCAUUAAAGUCCAAUUAUGUUCCUAAUGUCAGCAAAAUAAUUGAAAGUUGUAAAAUAGAAAAAGAUAAGUAUUUAUUGAAAAAAUCAAAGGAGUUAAAUAACUAUAAUUGUAAAUUGAACAAUGAUAUAUAUAUAAAUCAGUCUUCAAAAAAUUGUAUACGAUUAGGAAGUACAAAUAACCAAUAUGUAGAAUUAUUAGAAGAGUUGGAUGAUAAUCCUGGUAAUAAUCUAAGCAAAAAACUUGAUUCAUAUCCAUUUUUAUCUUUGAAUUUAUUAUAUUAUUACAUGAAUCUAUGCUAUAAUAUCAAUUAUUUUAUGAAUAUAUAUGAAGAUGAAAAAGAGGAACAAAAUCAAGAAAAAGAAUUUUUUUUUAUUGAUAAUUCUGGUUUUUUUUAUAAUAAUGACUUUGAAUAUAGUAAUUAUAUAUGUAUAAAAAAUAAUAAAAUUGAUGAAAUAAACAAACCAAUAAAAGAUACUUAUUUUAUUAAAAAAAAAAAUAUAGGAAGCAAAAUAUUUAAUGAGGAAAAAAAUUACUUAAGUAACAGUGAAAAAGAAAUAUAUUCAGAUGAUUAUUUAAAUUCUAUAAAUUACAUAAAUAAAUAUGACCACAACAACUUUAAAAAUAUAGGGACAGUUUUAUAUCAUGAAAAUAACUUAGAAUUUUUAAUAAAAUUAAUAUCAAAAUCAAUAUUUUUCUUAAAUGUAAAUAUUUUUAAAUUAGCUUUAUUGAAUUUUAACAAAUUAAGUGGAAGAAAUCUCUACAAAAUUUUGAAAAAUAGAUUAAAAAGUAUAUUUUUUGUUAAAAGUGUUUUAAAUGUUCUUUUUAAUUUUUUUUAUAAUUUAACAUAUAAUAGUAAUUAUAUAACAUUGAAAUCAUAUAGAAAUAACGAAUUAUUAUAUUCCUUAUUGUAUUUACUAGCUAAAUUAUUAAGUUUUAAUGAUUGGCUUGGAUCAAAUAAUAUAUCAGAAUACAAUCAUCAUUCUUCUAUUUUUGUGUUAAGAUAUAACAUAAUAUAUAUUUUAAGAAUAUUUUACAUUUGGUUUAAUAAAACUUCAGAUAAUCAAUCAUUUUUAUUUCGUUGUGUUUUAAAAUAUACAAGAUCGUUGCCAUCAUUCAGUACAGCAGGUAUGCUUCUUAUUUUAACAUUUUUUAAUUUCAAAAACAUUUUUCCAGAAUACAUUUAUUCUUUUUAUAUUACUAAUAAUUUGAAAAAAAUAUGUUAUGAUAAUGUAAAGAAUAAGGUAGAAAAUAAUGAAAGUAAUGAUGAAGAAGAGGAAGAAGAAGAAGAAAUGUUAGAGGAAUCAGAAUUAGAAGAAAGAGAAGAAUAUGAAUCAGAACACGAAACAGAACAAGAAGAAACAGAAGAUUAUGCAAAACAGGAAAAAAGUGAAAAUGGAGAAAAAAAUCAUGAUAAAUAUAGAGAGCAAGAGAAUAUAUAUUCAUAUAAUAUCAAAGAAGAAAACAAAAAAAAAAAUGAAGAUAAUAACAUUAGAGAGAAUGAAGAAAAAAAAAACGAAAAAGAAAUAAUAAAUAAUGAAAUGAAUAAUCAAAUAAAAGAAGAAAAUGAACAUCCAAAUAAUACAAUUGAUGAUGAUUUAUAUAAUGAGCUUUACGAAGAACAAUGUGAUAAUAAAUAUAAAUAUGAAGUGUUAAAUGAACAAGAAAAAACAAAUUAUGCAGAUAUUCCAUCUAGUGAUAAUACAAAACAUAAAUUUGAUGAGAAUAUCAAUUCUAUCAAAAGUAUACAAAUAGAAAAAGACAAUAAAUUUUUAGAAUAUGAAUCUUCAAAGGAAAAUGAAGAAAAAGAAAAUAAGAAAGAAGAUAAAAAUAAAAUGUUGAAUAAUAAAAAAUACGAUAAUAAUAAUAAUAGUUUAAAUAAUUUAAAUAUUAAAAAUGAAAGUGGAUAUCUAAAGGAUGAUAAAGAUAUAUUUAAUAAAAGUAGUACAAUUCUAAAUAAUAUUAAUAAUAAUAAUAAUUAUAUAAAAGAAAAAAGAAAAUUAAAUAAUUCUUCUAUUAUUAAAAAUAAUUAUAAUUAUGACAAAUUAACCUUAUAUAAAAGAAAUUAUGAAAUAUUUAAUUAUUAUUCCAACAUUUUAAGUAACCAUAGUAUUAAUUAUUUUAGUGAUUUAGAAGAUGAAGAUGAAGAAGAUAGAGAUAAUGAAGAGAAAAAUGAGGAAUUAAUAGAAAAUAAAAUAAAAGAAAGUGCUAACAAUAACAUUAUUAAAGAAAAAAAAGAUGAUUAUAAAGGAAAUUUAAAUAAAGAAAAAGAUUUAGAAAAAAUAGUUUUGUAUUAUAAAAUAAGUAAUCCUUUUAAUAUUGAAAAAAGUAAAAAUUUAUAUUUAUGUUGUUCCAUAAAUAUAAAAAAAAAAAUUAUGAGUGAAAAACAUUGUGAGCUUUUUCGUGUUUUUAACUUAAAUUAUUCCUCUGAUGAUUAUGAAGAGGUAUUUUAUUCUGAUAAUAAUAAGAAAUCAAAUGAUAAUUAUGUUUCUCUGAUCGGUAAUUUAACAAUUAACUUGAAAGAAUUAAAUGAAAAUGAUAGUAGUAAUAAUGAUACAAAUAACCAAACAAAUUAUAAUUUUUUAGACGAAAAUACUUUAAAAAAUUAUAUAGGAAAUAAAAUUAAAGGAAUAAGUUUUUUAUCUACGGAUAAAAUUUAUAAAAAUAAAAUAAUUUUAAGAGAUUUUUAUUAUGAAAAUAAUGAUGAUAAUUUUACGAGAGAAAAUAUAAAUAAUUCUUUAAGGAAUAUUGACAAAAAAGAGAGCAGUUAUAUAAAUUAUAAAAGCAUAACAGAAGAUAAAAACAAUAAAGAAAAAUUAUGCAAUAAUAAAUCAGAGUGUGUUCCUUCUCCAUUUUCCAUUAAAAACUUUUUCCAAGAUAAUGAUGAAAUACAUUAUGAAAAUAUCUUAAAUAAAUUGAGAAGAGAAGAAUAUUUAUUUGAUCAAAAUAUUAAUAUAAAUAGCUUAAAGGAAGAAGAAAAAGAAAAACUAAAUUUAAUUAGAAGAGAAUUAAAAAUUAGAGAAUACACAAAUUUUGAAGAUUUUUGUGAUUAUAUAAAUUUUAUAAUAAGAAUAAGCAAAAGUAAUAAUGUUAUUGGAAAAUGUUUAAGUGCAUAUUGUUGUGUUAUAUUUAUAAAUCAUAGAAUACCUAUAUUUUCAAUUUUAUUUGAAUAUGUUCGUAAAAUAAUUAAUAAUUUAAAGAAUUUAAAUUCAUUUAAUAAAGAUAAUGAUGGUAAUACAAGUAUAUGCAUGAAUAAAAUUAACUAUUUUUCUUUUUUUUCUUAUAAUAAUACCCAAUCAAAUAAUGCUUACUACACAUAUAAUCAAGAGAUAUAUCAUCUUAAAGAGCUUUGUAAUAUAUUUUCAUUUAUUUUAGACAUUUUAAAAAUAUGUUUUUUCAAUAAUUAUAAAAAUAACUACAACAAAUUAAUUAAGCUGUUAUAUUUUCCAUCAAAAAAAUUAUUGAACAUAUUAUACAAUAUAAUUAAAACUUUAAAAAAUAUUUUCCCUCAAGAACUUAUUAGAUUUAUUAUAAAAUUAUCAAGCACAAUUUUUCAUGGAUAUAUUUAUGUUCUUUUUAUAUUUUUCAAUAAACAUAACAUUUUACAUAAUGAAGACAAUUUUAAAAUAACAUGUUCAAAGGAGGAGGAUACUUAUAAAAAUUUUGAUAAUAAUAGUAAUAAUAACAUACUAUAUAUUAAUAAAGAAGUUUAUUAUAAAGAAAAAGAAUAUUUUAUAAAUCAAAGUAUGGAAGAAAAAAGAAUUAGCAAAUAUCAGAAUCUUAAUAAAAACCAUAAAAUGAAAAUAUUAUUUUCAUGUCCUAAUUACAUUAAAUAUAUAAAUUUUUUUAUUAAUUAUUUUUUUGAAUUAAUUAAUACAAAAAAUAUUGUUGAUAACAAUAAUAAAGAAAUACUUUAUAAAUAUGCAGAUUAUGUUGAUAUAAAAACUGUCAAUCUUUGUUUAAUAAAUAUCUAUGAAAUAAUAAAAAAUAAAGUUUUAUAUUUCUUCACCUUUUUUAAUACAGAAAAAAAAUUAGUUAAUUUUUUUUUUAAAUAUAUACAUAAUUAUAAAGAUAAAAUGAAAAGGAAAACAGUUUUUCAAAAACAUUAUAACGUCAGUAUGGAAGAAUAUAUUGAAAACCACAAUAAUGAAAAUAUAUAUAUUCAUAUAAAUGAUUUUUGCUUAAAAUUAAAUAAGCAUAUUAAUAUAGGAAAGUUAUUAGAAUUUUUUUCUUUUUAUUUUGAUGUUAUUGAAGAAACGAAUUAUAAAAUUAUUGAAUUAUAUGAAUAUAUAAGUAUUAUAGACAUAAUAUUAAAUAUAAUUAUGAGAAUAAUAAACUACAAUUUUAAUUCAUUAUUUAUUCUUAUGAAUUUAGUUCUAAAUGAUAAUUCUUUUAUCAUGAAGUUUUUAAAAAUUAGACCAAAUAAAAAUAAAUGUGAAAAUCCAGAUGCAUUUCAAGAAAAAAAGAAAAUUAGUUAUAAAAAUGAAAAUAGUAAAAGAAAUUCUGAUUAUUUAAAUUUUGUAGAAGAUUUUAAAAAUAAUUUCUUAAAUAAUUUAUUAAAUAGUUUAAAUAAUUUACACCUCUUUAUAAUCAACGCAAUUGAGAAAAAUUACGAUGAAGAUACAAAUAAUACAAAACAAAAAGAUUUAAUAAAUAAAAAAAAAAACGCAGAAUUAUCACAAACUCCUGGUAUUAAUUCAAAGGAAAAAACAAAUAUUGAAAUUUCAAAUCAAAAUGUCAAUACAAAUCAGAACAGUUCAUUUUAUAUUUUAUCUAAAAUUAUUUUAAGUAUAAUUGACAAAUUGAAAUCAAUUAAGAAAAAAGUUAUCAGUUUAAAUGUUUCGUUUGUUUCAAAUAUUACUUUUAAAAAUUUUCUUUUAUUUGCAUGUUAUGACUUAAAAGAAUUAAAUAUUUUAUACAAAAAUCAAGAUAUAAAGAAGAAUGGUAGAAUUAGUUUAGAUAAAAAUUCUCAAAGUUGCGAAAUACCUUCAAAAAGAAGAAAAAAAAAAGAAGAAGAAGAAGAAGAAAAAAAAAAAAAAAUACUAGAUAACACUAUGAAUGAUAUUAAAACAGACAUAAAUAAAAAAAUAGAAAAUAAUAAUACUGAUGAUACCUAUAUUGUUAACUCAUAUAAUGUAGAUAAGCAAGAUGAGAAUGAAUUGAACAACGUUGUAAAUGAAAAUGAAUUAGAUAAGAUUGAUUUAAAUGAUAAUAUUUUAAACGAAAAUAGUAUUAAGAAUAGUAUAAAUGAAAAUGAUACAAAUGAAAGUACUGUAGACACAAACAUAUUAAAUAGUAUCUCUGUUAAAGAUGUUAAAACAAAAGAUUAUACUUUUUUUUUUGAAAAUCUUUUCAAUGAUAUUAAUUUAACUAUAAAUAUUAAGUAUUUAUUUAGUAAAUUAAGUGAUAUUUUCUUUUCAAAAAGUAUAUUAAAUAAAAUUAUAAAAGCAUUUGAAUCUCAUCAGCAUUUAGAUAAUAACUACUUAUUAACAAUAAAAAAUAUUAACUCAAAUAAUUUAAUACCAUCAAUUAAUAAGAAAUUAUAUGAUCAUUGUUCUCAUUUACUUUGUGAUGUUCAAUCUAAAAUAUAUUUGAAUGAAAAUGAUGAAGAUAGAAAAAGCUUCACAUUAUUUAAUGUCUCUCAAGAAAAUAAAUCGAAAGAAAUUGAUGAAAGUCAUUCAUUAUAUAAUUAUAUAAGGUUAUUAAAAGAAGAAAAUAAUAAGCUACAAAAAAAAAAAAUAGAUUUAAAUACUCAACUAAUGCAAUCAAAAGGUAAGCAGUUCAAGAGAAUUGAUAAAAAUACAUUUGAAGAUCAUUUCAGAAAUAGAAAAACAUUAUCAUCAAGAGCUCCAUCUAAACACGUUGAUGAUUAUGAAGCUACGAAUGCCGCUAUAAAUUCUACCACUAACAAUAAUGCCACGAAUAAUAGUAACAAUGAAAAUGACGAAACAAAUAACGAAAAUAAUGAAAAUCUUGAUUCAAAUAAUAAAAAUAAAUUUAAUAAUUCUAUAAAUAAAAAUAUAAGUAAUCAAGAUAAUAAAACAACUAAUACAUUAAAUAAUAACCUUAAUAAAAUAAAUGUUAAUAAUAUGAAUAAUUGUAAUGAUUUUAUUCCUAAUAUAAGCAAUGAUAAUACUACUAGUAUUUCAAAUGUAAAUAACUUAAAUAUUAUUAAAAAUGAAAAUUAUAAUAAUACUUUAAAUAAAAAUAAUACAACAAAUAAUAUAACUAAUAAAGUAGGAAAUGAUGUAAAUAAUGAGAUGAGACAAAAUGAUUCAAAACAUACAGAUAAUUCAAUUAAAAUGGUUCCUAAUAAAGCUAAUAUGUUAAGAAACGCUAAAAAAUUUCAUAACUCAAAUUAUGUUAAUAAAGAAAAUUAUAAUAAUACUGCUACUACUCCUACUCCUACUUCUAAUACUAAUAAUGAUAAUUAUAGUAAUGAUAACUAUAAUAACCAAAAUAACAAUCACAAUAAUAAUUAUGACAAUUAUAACGAUGAGAGCUAUAGUAAUGAUAAGAAUUAUGAUAAUAUUAAUAAUUAUAAUAAUAACAUUAAAAAUCAUAACAGUAACUAUAAUUAUGAUAAUGAUAUACCAAAUAAUGUAGGCAUUGAUAAUAUUCAUUCAUCCAACUAUUCAUUUAAUUUAAAUAACACAAAUACAAAUACUUCUAUAGAAAUAAAUAGCAAUAUUAAAAAUGAUAUUAAUAAUAAUCAAAGCAUGAAAACACAUGAUUAUAGUUUAAUAAAUAAUGAAAAUUCAAUAAAUGCAUUAAAUAUGAAAGGUCAUCAUAAUGUGAUGUCUGAUGUUAAUUCUCCUUUUUUUAAUUAUAAUAAUAAUGAUAUCAACAAUAAUAAUAAUGUAGAAGUUAAAGAUAAUAACAAUAUAACAAAUGAUACUAAUGGUGUUAAUAAUUCACCAAAUUCUAAAUAUAUAUCUUCUAAUAAUUUUGAUAUAACUCAUAACCGUUUCUUUGAUUCUCCUAAUUUGAAACAUGUAAAUAAUAAUACAGAUCAUAAUAAUAUAAAUAAUAAUAACAUAAGUAAAAAUUCUAAUAAUGAAAGUAAAGAAGCAAAUGAGUUAAAUAAAAGUUCUAAUUUUGAUGAUUGUGAUUGUUAUAAAUUCAAUGUUUUAGGAUGGAAAGAAUUUUCUCAAGAUGGUCAUAAAAAUGAUUUAGAUGUUUGUAAAAUUGUUAAUAAACCAGUAUUAUUAAGAGAUCCACGUAUAAAAAUGAAAUUUCUUAAAAUUUUAGAUAGGCAUAAAAAUAUAAAAGAUAUAUUUAAAAGACUUGGAGUUGAUAUCAAAUAA